AUGGCCGAACUGCUUAUAUCACAUGGUGCAAAUAUCAAUGAAAAAGAUAAUAUUGGAAGUACUGCUCUUCAUCAUGCAAUAUGUUAUAAUAAUAAAGAAAUAACAGAUAGUAAAGAAACAGUCGAACUUCUUAUCUCACAUGGUGCAAAUAUCAAUGAAAAAGAUAAAGAUGGCAAAACCGCUCUUUAUAUUGCUGUAUAUUUUAAUAAUAAAGAAAUGGCCGAACUGCUUAUAUCACAUGGUGCAAAUAUCAAUGAAAACGAUAAUGAUGAAAGAACUGUUCUUUAG